CACUCCAGUCACAUGUCUGCGUGCACGACAUCAGCAGUUGCUAGGCUCACCACCGCCACAGACGUCUUUUGGCUGCAUCCAGCGCGCCUCGUGGAAACACCGACGAUGGCCUUAUUCCAGAGACUACUGCACAGCAGCGUGAUGGGCUCAAAUACGACCAUAAAACAGGAGAAAUGUUACAACCCUCAAGACCCAACACUUACAAUUGUGGACAGAGACGAUGAUCUGGAUUUUUUGUAUGAAGGUUUCAAAUCUCCAAGAGCUCUGAUGUCCUGCGGUCAUGCUGUGACUCCGACCUCUCUCACCAACUGGUGUCUCAAGUUGUUGGAGCAGGGGAAAAUCAGGUUUACUUGUGGUGUUUGUGAUGCUGAGUGGCCUUUUAAAGAGGUUCGUAAAAUGGCUCUUCUGACCCCUCAAGAAGUGAACAAUUUUGAAAAAACUUUGGCUUUCAAUGCUGCCAGGCAGACACUUAAGAUCAAAUUAUGUCCUGGGUGCAGAUCCUCUGUGGAGAGAGAGAAUGGAUCAGAUUUGAAUGUCCUCUGCAAAGUGUGCACAGCACAGAAAGGACGGCCCUACGAAUUCUGCUGGCAGUGUUUGAGGCAGUGGAAGGGUGCACGACCUCGCAAAGACCGCUGUGACAAUGAUGGCUGCUGCAACCACUCAGUAAAAACUCUAGAAACCUGCCCAGAGAUCAUCUUUAACUCUGCGGAGGGGGUCUAUGUGUGCCCCUCCAUCCGUGCCUGUCCCAAUUGUGGCUUACUGCUGGAGCACACCAGGAAGAUGUGUAAAGCUGUCGUUUGUCCUCGAUGUAAGGUGCAGUUUUGUUUUGUGUGCCUGAAGAACGCGUAUGGACUGUGCUCCAGUGGUGUGGCCCCCAGACAGACCUCUAUACCUGUGUGGCAGAAGAAAUAAUGGGAACACCAUGAGGCUGACCUGUCAUAAUACACCAUGCUGAUUUUAUCAUCCUCUGUUCUGACAUAUCAUAAAUAAAUCGUUUUCUGUUGUGUUGGUGAGAAAUUUGCUAACAAAUGGGAUCUUUAAAGCUGUAUUAUACCUGAACCAUAAUAAAGAUAAAUCUGAACCAUUAACAAAUUUGAAAUGAGGUUAAGCAUAUA